CUGAAGCUUUUGGCAGCCACCAGGUCUGGGCAGUGAAGGAGCAUCAAGCACCGGCUUGGACACUGGUGGAAGAAUCUAUUACGUUGGGGGAAAAAAAAAAAAAAUCAGAGGAAGGCACAGUGUGACCAGACUGCUGCCCGACAGGGAACAGAGCUGCGAGAACUGAGGACUGUGAGCAGAGCCUUGUGAAUCAGCAGUGCUUCGGGAAGACGGCAAGAUGUCGAAGAAGUCAAAGGUGACCGAGCCAACUGCCGCUGGGCAGGCGGGUAUCAGGAAGAAGUCCAAAGUUCCCGGUGUCAUGAUAACACAGUUUAUGGAGGAACUUCCUGAGGGAAUGACAACUCCUGAUUUCACCCGCAAACCAAUUGCUUUGACUAUUCAAGAAGGUAAAUAUGGAUUUUUUAAAGCCAUUGUGGUGGGCACUCCCACACCUACUGUAACAUGGAGCAGAGCAAAUGGAGAAAUACAUUUCCACCCUGAUGUUUGCCUGCAAAAGUAUGAUGAGUCAUCUAACGAACACACACUGGAGUUUCCUAAGAUUAGCCCAGAGGAUGCGGACACCUACAAGUGUUAUGCAACCAAUGAAUAUGGAAGAGCCAUUUGCACUGUUGUCUUGAAUGUUAUUGCAGUGGGAUUCUCUAAGAAAAAGGAAUUUCAAAAGACCGAGGCAAAAGACAUAACUGACUUAAGAAAAGGCCUUAAAAAACGUAACUCUGAUGGAACACGUCAGGCAAAACAAAUGGAGCCAGACGACAAGGUUUGGGAAAUUCUGCUUAGCGCAGACAAGAAAGACUAUGAGCGGAUCUGCAUUGAGUACGGUAUCACUGACUUCAGAGGAAUGCUGAAGAAGCUCCAAGAAAUGAAGAGAGAGAGAGAGGCUGAGAUUGCAGAGUUUGUAACACAAAUCAGCACACUGAAACCUAUUGAGGUCAACGACGCGGACUGCGCAACAAUUGAGUUGGACAUGGACCUCAAGGAUCCCACAAGCAAGAUUUUCCUGUACAAGGAUGGCGUCAUGGUUCCUUUCGACAUAGACGCAAGCGAGAACGAGAAGCAUAGUUUGAAAAGAACUGGCAAAAAAUAUGUUUUUACAAUUAAAAAUCUGGGUUUAGGGGACGCUGGACUCUACUCAGUGGAUGUCGAGGGUGUCAAUGUAUUUUCCACAGACUUUAAAGUUCCUGAGGUCGAGUUUGCUGUCAAAAUACAAGAGGUCAAGGCAGAGGAACGGGAGGAUGCCGUCUUCCAAUGUGUCCUGACUGCACCCAUGCAUGAGAUUAAGUGGUAUGGUAAAAGUGCGCCACUGUCAAAUAGUGAGAAACAUGAAAUCAUUGUAUCUGAAGAUAAGCUUAUCCACAAGUUGCUUGUGCGGGACUGUAUGCCUUUGGAUGCCGGUAUCUACGCCGCUGUGGCAGGAAUAAAAUCAUGCAAUGCCUGGCUAAUAGUUGAAGCUGACAAAGAUCCUACAAACAAAGGCAAGAAGGUGGCGCGCAAAACUACUAUGGCUGGGGGCUGCAAUGAAGAAGACCUGACAAAAAUCGCAAAGGAACAGCAGGAAAAAUAUUUGAAGGAAAUGGAAGAAAAAAUGAAAAAUGCCAAGAAAACUCAAGAAGAGAGAAAUGCUGCAGAUGCAGCAGCACGGGCAGAGGCAGAAAUGGCCAGAAAGGCAGCAGCUGAGGAGAAAGCAAAGUCAAAAGGAUCUGGAAGAGCUGGUGGUGCUGGAGGAUCUGGCACUGCUGGACUUGAUGGUGGCAUAGGAGGAGGAGCUGGUGGUGGUUAUGGUGGCGCAGGUGGAGGAGAGGGUGCAAGUGGUGCUGGAGCUGGAUUUGGAGGUGGAGUGGGAGGAGGACCUGGAGGAGUGGGAGGUCAAGUGGGAGGAGGACCUGGAGGAUUGGGAGGUCAAGCGAAAGGAGGUGCUGGAGGAGUUGGAGGUCAAGCUGGAGGAGGUGCUGGCGGCGUAGGAGGUCAAGCUGGAGGAGGACCUGGAGGAGUUGGAGGUCAAGCUGGAGGAGGAUCUGUUGGUGGGGUUGGGGGAGACGCUGGAAGAGCUGGAGGGGGCGUUGGAGGUGGAGACCUUGGAGACGAUUUUGAGGAAUAUGAAGUGGACGGAGAAAAAAAACGCAGAAAGCGUGCAGGAGGUCAACUUGUUCCAGAUACAGCCAUUGGUCAGGAUAAUAUUGAUGGGGAAACUACAAAUCAACAAGGAGAACAGUCUGGGAAAACAGGAAAACGAUCUAAAAGGAAAAAUGUGGUCAAUAAGGAGGCUGUUGUUGACCCCGGAGUUCACUUUCAUGCUGGGCUUUCUGACUGUAAAGCUGUUAUUGGAGAAGCAGCACAGCUGGAGUGUAAAGUGAGCAGCGAGGACUGUAAAGGAAUCUGGUACAAAGAUGGAAAUGAGAUCAAAUCAUCUGAGGGUAUAACCAUUUCAAAAGAUGGAACUUUCCACAGGCUGAAAAUUCACAAGGUAACAGAAGAAUUUGCUGGAAAAUAUAAAUUUGAAGCUGAUGGACGAAAAACCGAGGCCAUGAUUGUUGUUGAAGACCCACCAAGGUUUGACGCUGAGGAACUGAAAGCAUUUGCAAAACCUGUAGCCGUGAAGAAAGGACAUAAAGCUACCUUCAAAUUACCUUAUGUUGGACGGGAACCUAUAAAGGUUCAGUGGUACCUUGAGGGCGAGGAGCUCUCAGAGGAAUCAAACAUCAAGAUUGAGAAUGCAGAGGACUACAGCCGUCUGCUGUUAACCAAGCUGCAGCGCAAAGACAGCGGCGAGGUCAAGAUAAAACUCAAAAAUGAGUUUGGCACUGUUGAGGCCGUCACCGAGCUGGUUGUAAUGGAUAAACCUACUCCUCCAAUGGGACCUCUGGAGAUCGUUGAGGCGAAUUCCUCCGCAAUUGAAUUCAAGUGGAGGCCCCCAAAAGACUGUGGUGGCUGCAAGAUUGGAAACUACAUGCUUGAACGACAACAGGUUGGCCGAAACACCUGGAAGAAGUUGGGGCCAAUUGGGCCCAGGGCCAAAUACAGGGACACUGAUGUGGACCAUGGCAAGAGGUAUUGCUAUCGCAUCAGAGCGGAGACCGAAAUAGACACCAGUGAAAUGAUGGAAACAGAAGACAUUCAAGCAGGCACAAAAGCAUACCCUGGAGCUCCAUCUGCACCAAAGGUGGUGAGUGCCUGCAAAAAUUGCAUUACCCUCUCCUGGUCUCCUCCUUCUGACACCGGAGGAACCAGUAUUCUGGGAUACAACCUCGAGAAACGCAAGAAGGGCAGCAACCUGUGGGGUCAAGUCAACCCAUCUGAUGACAUGAUAAGAGCUAAGGGAUUUGCCGUCAAAGACGUGAUUGAGGGCUUGGAGUAUGAAUUCCGUGUGACAGCAAUCAAUAACUCUGGAGCGGGUGAAUACAGUUCACCCUCUGAGUAUGUGUUUGCCAGGGACCCUAAAAAGCCCCCGGGGAAAGUCGUCGACUUGAAAGUGACAGAUUCCACCUACACAACUCUUUCCCUGUCUUGGAACGAACCCAAACACAUUAAAGGGGAGCACGAUGAAGCCAAAGGAUAUUUUGUUGAAGUCAGGCUUGCUGAAAACACGGAGUGGGAUAGCUGCAAUUCAAAUGCUAUCACCAUGACAUCCUACACAGUGAAAGGCUUGAAGUCAUUGGCCAUGUACUGGGUGAGGGUACUCGCUACUAAUGAUGGAGGAGACGGACUACCACUGGAGCUGAAUAAUUAUAUCCUUGCCAUGCCUCCUCCUGUGAGGCCACGAUUCACAGAUGCAAAAAUCAAGAGUUUCAUGGUGGUGAGAGCAGGGCACUCUGCAAGAUUCAACAUUAACUUUGAGGCCUCACCUUGGCCGGAAGUCAUCUGGCUGAAAGGUGGAGCUCCAGUGUCUAAAAAAGUGACCAUCAGCAAUGCAGAGGGCACAUCCCAGCUUCUGAUUCCUUCUGCUGAGCGUACAGACACUGGAAUCUAUACGAUCAUUGUUAAGAACAUUGUUGGCCAAGAAACAUUCAGCAUUGAAAUUAGAGUCACAGACGAACCAAAGCCACCGGGUCCUGUGGAGCUUGAUGAAAACGUGCCGGGUACAGUGACCAUUUCAUGGACCGCAUCUCCAGAUGAGAAACGUGACGACAGGCUGCACUACAGGGUGAUGAAGCGUGAUUCCAACAAAAGAUCAUGGCACACCACUGCAGAUCACAUCUUCAACAAUAGAUUCACUGCCUGCAACAUUAUGCCGGGUCGAGAAUACCAGUUUAGAGUGUAUGCAGAGAAUGAUAUGGGCUCCUCCAAACCAAGUGAAUCAACCAAAUGGCUCAUUCCCGCCAAAAAAGAAAAGUUCACUAUCAACAUACCAGAGUCGAAGACCUGUAAUCUGCAGUCUCCUCCCAAGUUCCUGGUCCCACUGAAACUGCACACCGCCCCUGACGGAUACGAAUGCUACAUGAGCUGUGCCAUACAAGGAGAUCCAACACCUCACGUGACAUGGCUGCGCAACAAUCUCAGUCUCAACACCAACACUAACUACCUAAUCUCCAACACCUGCGGAGUGUGCUCUCUGCUCAUACUGAGGGUUGGACCUAAGGACACCGGAGAGUACAAGGUUGUUGCAGAAAACGCAUUGGGGAGGGUGGAUUGCUCCACUAAAUUGACAGUCAGAGAAUUUUAAAUGAACAUACUGAAGACGAUUGAACGGUUUUACCCCCCAAACUUAAGAUUGUGUUGUUUAUUCACAGAUACUACACACUGUCUUUAGAGGUUAGCUCUUUCUGUCAAAUGUAGAUAGACUGGUGAAUAUUCAUUAUUAAAGUCACACUUGUAGACAUGAAGCUGAAGUGAAAGUCACAAAGUGUGUUGAUUUCAAAAUAAAAUGAAAGCUUAAAUUGCCAAUGUGGGAGUUGUAGAAUAUUUUUGCUGGAAUGACGAUGUAUGAUCAAAGCAAAAAUGUUUACAUUACGCUAUGUGGCAGUGACUUAUUGAUUUGAAAUGUGCUUUUUAAACAGCGUUUGCCUAAGGGAUGCAGCUCACUCUAGCUAAAUUAUAUUCAUUUUGCCAUUGAGGUUGCAAUUCAUGUGUAUGAUGACUGAUCGCAUUCAUUUUUUUUUUUUUCCAUAUUUGUGGAUCUUUCCCUCAACUGAAACUAAGGAAACAUACUGACAUGAAAAGUGUUGCAGCAUGUCGCAUAAGAAAAUGUGUGCGGGUGUUAAACUAUAAAAUAAAUAAACGUUUCAUACUG